AGAUAACACUGAUCCACAGAUUAAAAUAAUCGGCUCCGAAGGCAAUGGUGCGUUGUCAGAAAAGUAUGGUGCAUUGGAACUCACGCUAGUAGGAAAAUUCUUAACAGUGGACAUGCAUAAUGAGCUAAACAAGCUACCGGUACCAACAAAAAUAAUUAGCAGGCGCCGAAAAUGUGAAAGCAAAAUCUGAGCAAUUUGAUAUCAAUGUUUGACCACCUUACGUUAUUUCAGUUACCUUGAGACUGAGAGAAAAUCGGAGUUCUUUUUCCGAGUAUGCCUAUGUCACUGACAGAGAAUCAUUUUGUUACGGUUUUUUUUAUGGGAGUGAUAGUGGACAAAAAGUCAUACUGUUUAAUAGCAAACACAUCCUGAUCGAGGACAGGCUGAUUUUUCUGAAAAGCUGGUUCAAAGCGGUAAUAGUACUAUCCUGGAUACUAUCCUGUUCUGCCAAGAAUUCAAACAAAGCUAUAACAAGACGUUUCUGCAGUUUCGACGUAUCAAGCAGGGCGAUUGAAAGUUGGUAUCGGAUUUUUCUUCCUAGUUCUUUUACCUGGUCUUGGCCAACACAAGGUGUACAUGAAGCAUUCAUGUUCGCCGCUUUGCAAAAAGCCAAAUCAGAGUUUCAAGAACUAGUGCAGUGGGCAUCCGUUUUUAUUUUGUUCUUAAAAAAAUAAAUUAGAAUAAAAACACCUGCCCAAUGCACUCUGAUUUGGCGUAUUGUUGCCGGUUACUCCUUUUCUGUAAUUAUUCUUCUAGAGUUUAUACUUGCUUCGGUGUUGCUCGUGCGAUAUUGAAAUUGGCCAUUACAAAAAUAUUUUCAGAUUCUACAUAAUAGAAGGAGCAGUUCAAGUCAUCUUUCAUUUUGAGGUUAAACUGAAAAUUGUUGUUGAAAUUCUUUGGUGUAGAAAUUUAAGUUGAAACUAUUAAAGUUUGAUGCUUUUUGUGCAUUUUUGAGGUUAACAACAAUUGUAGAUUCCCAAUCGUUCAUCCAUUUUUAUUGACUCUGAGUCUGAGCCAUAGAUUUUACCCUCCAUGCGAGGAUUAGACAAAAUGAUGUAAUCACCAUGGAAUUAGAGUAGGUCUUGUUAAAAUUCUAACGUGGUGCUGACAGGCUCUUGGGACUAAAACAAAUGAAAUCAUAUUGAGGUGAAGGAAUGAAGUAAUAAUUCUUUGGGUUUAGUCCCCUUAGGCCUUCUCACCUGGUCCCCAUUUUUAAGAUAAUUUUGAAUUCCAUUGCUUUUUAUCUUGCAUUGAAUUGCAUUUGUGCACUGUGGUUCCCUUGCAGCUGGACGUGGGCGCUCGAACGUAUCAUUACAUUGCGGCCCAAGGCCCUAUGGAGAACACUGUUUCUGAUUUCUGGCAGAUGGUGUGGGAACAGAAUGUUAGAAUAAUAGUGGCGGCAACAGACGACAAGAUAAACAGUAAGGGCGCCUGCUAUCCUUACUGGCCAGAGGACUUGUACGGGAGCAGAAAAACAUUCAAUUCAUUCGAUGUGGAAACUGUGUCAAUCCGAAACACAUCUUCUUAUAAGGUGCGCAAGCUAUCCUUAAAACAGGCUUCCACAAAUCAAACGAGAAUCAUUCAUCAUUUGCACUUCACGGAGUGGCCUGAUCAUGGCGUGCCACAGGACCCUAAACACUUUCUUGAAUUCCUUGAUGAGUUAGAGUCUGUGAGGCAGAAGGUCAGCUUGAGCCAGGUUCAUGCGCAGGAGGUCCAACCGGUGGCGGUUCACUGCACGGCUGGUGUAGGGAGGACUGGGGUCAUUAUACUUACUGACCUUAUGAUCGCCUGUUUACAGAGUAAUCAGCGAGUAAAUAUCCUCAAGUCACUGAUUCGUCUCCGAUGCCAGAGAAUGCUGUUAGUAGCAAACUUCGGCCAAUAUCGCUUUGUAUAUACCACCCUCAUACACUUCCUCAAAAAUAGCAGGCUCAUAUAAAAAUAUCAAGCUAAAUGCCAUUAGCGUUAGAGCUGCAUUGAGGAGCCAAGCCCACUGACAGGAUUAACCUCAUGGUACAGCACAAUGAACUGCCCAACGCCACACCAGCUUCUUGAACACAAGUGACAGCAAGCAAGUCUUGUUGAAAUUCUGUCCUGCGUUGCUUGCGAAUGGUUGUAUGUUCGUUUAUGAAUUAAGCAGUAAAUGACACCUUUUUAAUGUCGCUGUUAUUGUAAAAAGACUUAAGAGUAAAAACUCGUGAAAUUUCUCAGUUUGUAUGGUCUUCUUACAGAAUAUAUUAUAUUACGACUGCUUGUUUCAAGUCAAUUUGCUCGUAUACAUUUAUGUACGUAAAGUGUAUUUUAAAAGUACUAUUUUAAUACAAAGUUUAAAACAAACGGAGACAUUUUUAUGACAUGAAUUGACUCUAUUGUAUCAUAUCUUUGAAUACUAUGCAUUUUUCUUCAUAUACUGUUUACAUGCAGUGGGUUCAUUCUUAACUUUUUAAAAAGAUUGCGCUACUCGACAGAUUGAUAAUUAUGUAAUGUACAGUCAGAAAACAGUGUGAAGCGUGAGUGUUCUCUCAGGCUCAAUGGAAACUUGAGUAAUUCAAGAAAUGUUUUAGCUAAUAAAUGAUAUCAAGUGUGCAAACAGAUUAAUAUAAUUAACUGGAUGUUUUUUAACAUGGAGUGUAUCUAACUUUUGUAAAGAGUGUUUAUUAAAACAUACAGUACCUUUCUUUUUCA